AUGUUAGUUGCUGUUAGCGGUACCAAAUAUAGUGGGGUUGACACACUAAUUGAUCUGUUGGUCUCAAGACAUGGAUUUGAAUUGAUUGAUUCUAAAGUUCAAGAUCCAGAUGCUAUUAUGGAUUAUGCUACUAAAUAUUAUACGAAGGACCUAGUAUUGAAAUGUAAUUCGUUAGAAUUAUGUACAACAUUGGAAAAGAGACCAUUUUUUGUUCAUUUAUCUAUGCAGGCCUCGAUGAAAUUACGUAUGAAGAGCUUAAAAGACACCUCUGAAACUAAAGAUAUUGACGAAUUAUGUACUUUGUUAGAUGAACAUGAUUUCAAAUCUGAUAUAAUUGAGUUACAUGAAAAGGCUAAUGUAAAAUUCAAAUUGAUUAAUGAUAAUGACUCUGAGAAAUUAAAUAUUGUUCUUAACAAACAAUUACAAAUAUUAAGAAAUAAGAAACCAAACUCGCCGGAAGAGUUCAACCCACCGCUCAGACCUGACUGGGAUACUUAUUUCAUGAAACUAGCGACAUUGGCUGCAUCUAGAUCGAACUGUAUGAAACGGAAAGUUGGAUGUGUUGUAGUAAGGGAGAAACGUGUCAUUGCUACAGGUUAUAAUGGUACGCCAAGGCAUUUGACGGAUUGUUGUAAUGGCGGCUGUCCUCGUUGUAAUGGUGGUAAUUCUCAUGAGUUGCAUACAUGUCUAUGUCUCCAUGCAGAAGAGAACGCUUUAUUAGAAGCUGGUAGAGAUAGAAUAGGCAAUAGUGCUACUUUAUAUUGCGAUACAUGUCCAUGUUUGACUUGUUCGGUAAAGAUUGUGCAGACAGGUAUUGAGGAAGUUGUUUACAGUCAGUCUUAUAGAAUGGAUGAGGCUAGCUUUAAAGUCCUAAGAGAUGGUGGUAUCAAAGUGAGACAACUUAGCGUUAUCGAUGAACCAAGAAUUGUCAUAGUUUAG